AUGGCCUCAACGCUCCCUUCGACCGGCCGCCUCGUUAACAUCGGCACUCACUCUCUAGCUCUUUACACCCACGGCCCAGAUCCCAGCAGCUCCAAAGAUCCCGUCGUACUAUUCAUCUCGGGUGUGGAAAGCGAUGCCCUCAACUGGCAAGCAGUGGUACGGCUGCUGGGUCCCUCGCUGCGAAGCUACACUUACGACCGUUCCGGCUAUCACAACUCACAGUCCUCACCGCUUGCUCCCACGGCCGAGAACGUCGCUCUGGAACUCUCCCUUCUGAUCGAGAAGGCGCCUAUCCCAAACCCUUUGAUCCUUGUGGGGCACUCCUGGGCCGGCGUGCUAACUCACGAGUACAUCGCCCUCAAAGGAACUGACCAAAUCGCUGGUCUGGUGCUUGUGGACGCCAACCAUGAGACAGCGCCACUAGUGAUGGACGUGGACGAUCCAAUUCUCUGGACUGUUGCCACGGGUGUUGAGCCAUACUCUGCCUGGGGCGUGGAGGCGAAUCACAAAUUGACGCAGGAGGAGUGGGAUGCGUUUAGAGCAGCGGAAGCAACGGAGAAGUUCGAGCUAGUUUGUCGUGAGGAGGAGUCGAACUAUAUUCCAAGUUUUGAGACGCUGCGGAGGAAGGAGCUGAGUAAGAAGCAGCCACUUGUUGGAGACAAACCGGUUUAUGUGAUUGGGGGCACACGAAGUAUCGAUUGGAGUGGAUUGUACAAGGCGGGCGUUGCUAAAGGGAACGGGACCGAGGAGCAGAGGAGCUAUGUGAGAGAGUUGAUUAAGACAGUUGAUGCGAAGAAUGAGGGUCUCAUGAAAGAAUUUCUGAAACUCUCUACGAAGAGCGAGCUUGUCUUCGCCACCAAGAGUGGACAUUUUGUCCAGAUGACUGAGCCGGAAAUUGUUGUUGAUGGAGUGAAAUGGGUCCUACAUAACCUACCAGCAUCUUCUUAG